CUUUUCCAGCCGUGUCAUCAGCACAUGGGACUGGAAAACAAAACAUGUGUUUCAGAAUUUAUCCUCCUGGGAUUCUCAGAGGAGGCAGAGCUACAGACUCUUGUCUUUGGGCUGUUCCUGUCCAUGUACCUGGUCACCUUCACUGGAAACCUGCUCAUCAUCCUGGCCGUUAUCGCUGACUCCCGCCUCCACACCCCCAUGUACUUCCUCCUCUCCAAUCUCUCUUUUGCUGACAUCUGCUUCGCCUCCACCACCGUCCCAAAGAUGCUGCUGAACAUCCAGAGACAGAGCAAACUCAUUACCUAUGCAGGAUGCAUUGCUCAGAUAUACUUUUUCUUGCUUUUUGGAGUUUUGGAUAACUUCCUCCUAACUGUGAUGGCCUAUGAUCGGUUUGUGGCCAUCUGUCACCCCCUGCGCUAUGCCGUCAUCAUGAACGCUCGGCUCUGUGGCCUCCUGCUUCUGGCAUCCUGGAUCAUAACUGCUCUUCAGUCUUUGUUAGAAAGCUUAAUGGUUUUGCGACUGUCUUUUUGUACAGAAGUGGAAAUUCCCCACUUUUUCUGUGAACUUAAUCAGCUGGUCCAACUUGCUUGUUCUGACACCUUCCCCAAUGAGGUUGUAAUAUAUUUUCUAACUGGAAUUCUAGGUGUUAUUCCACUCACUGGUAUCCUUUUCUCCUACUCUAAGAUUGUAACAUCUGUUUUGAGAAUUUCAUCAGCUGGGGGCAAGUAUAAAGCAUUUUCUACCUGUGGGUCUCACCUCUCAGUUGUCUCCUUGUUCUAUGGUACAGGUCUUGGAGUGUACCUUAGUUCUGCAGCUACCCAAAACUACAGGGCAAGUGCUAUAGCCUCAGUGAUGUACACUGUGGUCACACCCAUGCUAAACCCCUUUAUCUACAGUCUUAAAAACAAGGACAUAAAGCAAGCCCUUUAUAAACUCUUCAGCCCCAAACCAUUCUCUACAUAA